UCUUAAGAAGAUAAAAUGAACUUUACGAUUUUUUUAUUGUUGGCUGUUCAUAUUGAAAUUAUUUUUAGUGAGCAAAAUGUGACAAAGUUUGAUAGAAAACAGAUUUUCCUAUCGAGAAGAAAAAGAUAUGUGCAGUGGCCAAAAGGCAGUAAUUUUGUAAUAAACUUUACCUGCACUAAACCACUUUUAAGAUAUCAGCCUUUGACAUGGAAUACAGUCUAUGAGAUGGACGUACCUUUUGCCGUUGAAUCCGAUAUCUUUAGAAAAAAACCUGAAUCGCUAAAAACAAAAAGAAGUGUCUUAGAGAGAAGGAUACUUUUUGAUAAUUUAAGCGAUUUUGUAACUUUAAUGGGUUUGAAUGGACAAGCAUGUAUACAAAAACUAUUGUGUGAAGCAGAAGACUUUAUGAAGCUUAAACAAAAAUCUUUACUUGAAGAUCUGGUUAAAGUAUUAUUUAGGUUCUACAAAGAAUCCCUAAAUAAUUACGACCAUAAAUGCGAUGAAGAAGUUUUCAGUAUGUGCCCAAUAUCACUGCUUAGUAUAUUUAUCAAUUCAUCAAUCAUUAAAGAACAAGAGGAAAAUAUUAUUUCUAAUGAUUUUUUAAAUAACCAUAUUAUAGCAAUGUAAUCAGGAAAGGUU